AUGAGUGUUACAAGAAAUGAUGAUGAUGAUGCAUCAUCAUCGUCAUCAUCUAGCAGAAAGAAGUUGAAGACCUUUUGCAACGAUGGUGUGGCAUCUUGGUUAGAUGUUAACCAUGAUAUGCUUUUUUUAAUUAUGAUGAAACUGGGAGUAGUUGAUUUUUUUUCGUUCAGUGGAGUUUGCAAGUCAUGGAGGUCAUUUGCAGUUUCUAACAGGAACACGUUUAUGGCGUCCAAACCACCCAUGAAGAUAAGCAUCGGGCCCCUCCUUAAUAAGGAAGACUCCUAUUAUUUCCUUGAGGACUUCAAAGAAAGAAGAUUUAAAACCAUUAUUCCCCAUUCUUUUGGCAGGACCUAUUUUGGAUCAACUUGUGGUUACCUUAUCUUAUUCGAUAGGGAAACCCGCGACUUCUGGCUUGUGAAUCCUAUCACAAGAGAUGAACUUCAUUUCCCCGAUUACCCCUUAAGUGUAUGUGCUCAUGAAAAAGGAAUGACGGCUAUCAGGUGUAUCCUUGUCUUUUCACCUUCAAUAUCUGGGCGGGUGUUUGUUGUCUUAUGUACACAAAUGGUAUAUUUUUCUAUUGUGGAUAAACAAGGAUGGAAUCAUAUCUCCUCCGCUAGCCCCACUCCCUAUAUCCUUGAUUUACAUGUUAUAAAGGGGAAGAUAUAUAGCAUACACAAGGAUUUUUCUUUAUGUGAACUCAGACUCGAUCAGGAUCAAAAUCUCAAAUGGACUUUACUCGAAACCAAAAAUUAUCCAAAGAAAAACUGGUUUGGACCAGAGUUUGUAAGUUCAGGAGAAAAGCUUUAUAUCAUAUAUCGGUCUAGAUCAUCACCAGAAAAGCUUUUGGAAUUAAAUUUUGGUGAAAUGAAAUGGGUCUCGGCUGAAAACAUAACAGGAGAAUAUGCUUUCUUUCUUAGCAGGUUCAGUUCUUGUGUUGCUAUUAAACCGGAGUCAUGGCCUGAAACUCAGACACCAUACAGGGGCUGUGGUUACUUUCUUGAUGACAAUAAAAGUCAACAGUGCAUGUUCUUUUAUGAAUGGAUGUGGUACUUCCCCCAUGAUUGUUUCAGUGUUAAUGUCUUAGAUGAGUGA